AUGGCUAGUUCGUCGCGUCUCUUGAGCCUGCCUGCGGAGCUGCGGCAAAAGAUCAUCGAGAAGACAUUUACCAUUGUGUCCGACAUACAAAUGGGGUGUUUGGUCUUGAACUGUCCCCUGCAGGGGAUCUGCCAACUCUUCCAAGCCGACUACGACUCGGUCGUCCACAGCUGGCUCCCUGACCCCCGCGACCCAACCGUCUUCGCGGCCCUCACCGACCCAAACUGCAUCGAGGAUCUCGAACACUGGAACGCCCGCUUCCAGAGAGUGGCCGCCGCCUCGAACCGCACCUGGGCCGGCAUCCAGGAGAUCACGCUCACGGUCCUCCUCGGCAACCGCGUCCCGCCGUGGAAGCCGUUCCGCUACUACCGCGGCCAGCCCUGCGAGCACAACGACAUCCGCGACCAGUUCGAGUGCUUCGUGUACAAUCAUUGGGGCGUGCACGUCCUGACCAUUCCCAGCUUCGUGCGACGCGUCAAGCUCGACAUGACGGUGCCGCGGGAGACGCUCGAGCGCAAACUCGCACAGUGGGAUGCGGGGUGGACUGCGCAGCCGCCGUGGUGCCGGCCCAUCUAUCCCAUGAAUCUGGGGCACCACUUUCCCGACGUCAAGGCGGACGAGGGCUACUGCUUCCGGCAGUUGUUCUGGCUGGCUCUGUUCGACUCGGUCGAGGAGUGGGUGGACCUGGUUCUGGAAAGUCGGGCCCGCCGACGAGGACUAUCCAGGCGUGACGUCGGGGAAUGGGACAGCCGUGGUAGUAUCCCGGCCCUUACUGUCGAGAUCAUUGGAGAGCUUCCGGCGAGCCAGGUCGAGGCGUUGGUGCCUAUUACGGGAGAGGCGUCGUUUUGGAGGGACACGUGGAGUGAGAUCUUCGCGGCCUAUACGAAGGGCGUUAUUGAAAGGAUAGAGGCCAAUACGAAGGACGAAGGCUAG